UUAGUCUGUUUUUUACUAAAUAGCUCGUUGAAUUGCGUACUUGACCAUCCUCCCAUAUGCUCUGCCUCUGCGUGGUACGGCAGAUAGCACCGAGUCAAGAGGUCAAAUCUGUUUAUUGGAAGGCUUAGUCGCGUCCAGACAAAUUUCCGAUCGACAGUAUUCCACAAUCUACAAUUGAUGACAAUGCGUGUUGGCUUGUGUUUCACAUUCCUCGUGGCGCUGGUCCAAGGUCAACGAAUAGCUGAGAGAAAAUGUGAAGAGUAUCGCAAUGCGACAAUCAAGAGGACGCCAAUAAUUCCGCUAACAGUCAAUCCUAGGCCAAUAACGCUUACAAGCUACAAUUGUUCCAAAACGGUUGAUUUGAUUGUAGGUGGUGAAGUGGCCAAGAAGAAUGAGUUUCCCCAUCAAGCAUUGUUGGGUUGGAAGCAAUCGGAAGAUUCCUACGAGUAUAAGUUUGACUGCGGUGGAUCACUGAUUAGCGAACGGUUUGUACUGACGGCAGCGCACUGCUCCAAACGGGGACAACCUGACAUUGUUCGUCUUGGAGAGCAUAACAUUGACGACGACACGGAUAAUCAAGUCGAUUUUGAAAUAGAAUCGAUCGUGAAACACCCUGACUACAGAUUUCGAUCUGCUCAUCACGAUAUUGCGCUCAUCAAGUUGACAGAAAAUGUUCGCUUUUCUAAGGUUAUCAGGCCUGCCUGUCUGUGGACCGGGCACAACAUCAAUGUAACUUCUGUCAUUGCGACGGGAUUUGGAAGCAUGGAAACAUCUGGAAGCGGAUCAAAUUUGCUCCGUAAAGUGGUACUCGAGUUCAUCGACAAACAAGUAUGCGAAAGACAAUUUGCAGGCAUGAGGAAUUUCGGAGGUAGUCUCAUAGAUCAGCAGCUCUGCAUUGGAAGCAAAGUCGGAGGCAAAGAUACAUGCCAGGGAGAUUCCGGUGGUCCGAUUCAAGUGAUUUUGGAACCAAAAGGAUGUACAUUUCACGUAAUUGCUGUGACUUCCCUAGGGCCGAAGUCGUGUGGGGAUUCCCCUGCUCUUUACACACGGGUCGCCGGAUAUAUUGACUGGAUCGAAAAAAUUGUGUGGAAAAAUGUUUGAGAAUCGAUCAACAUUAUCUUUGAUAUUAAUUGAAAUUAAUAAACGUCGAGAUAAUCCUAGUCCAAAUAGAUUCAUCUAA